GAAGACCUGAAAUAAGGAAGAAAGCAUUAGAAAUUCCAAAUAGGAUAUAGAGACCGGUGAACUCCACACUGUAUGUGAGUAUAGUCUACAAUAACUUACGAAAGAAGACAAUGGCUUCUGGGUUGGAGGAUGAGCUUCAAUGUCAAAUUUGCCUGGAUAUCUUUAAAGACCCAGUGAUUCUGCCGUGUAGUCACAGCUUCUGCAAAGCCUGCCUACAGACCUGGUGGACAGAUUCAGUCACAAAGAAAUGUCCAGUUUGUAAUGAAAUGCAUUUACAAGUGGACAUACACACCCUGCCGUCUAACUUGGCAUUGAGAAAGCUUUGUGAGGCUUUCAUACUGCAGAGAGAUAAAGACGCAACCACUCCUAUAUGUACUGCGCACUUGGAAAAACUCAAACUUUUCUGCUUUGAUCAUCGGGAGCCUGUUUGCCUUAUUUGUCAGGCCUCAAAAGCACACAACAACCACACAUUUAAACCAAUAGAUGAGGCUGCCCAUGACUACAGAGAGGAACUUAAAGAAACAAUUGGACAUUUAAAGAAGAAACUAAAGCAAUGUGAACUUUUAUUCGCAAAGUGGAACGAUUUAGGCAAGUACAUUGAAAUCCAAGCAAUUAAAACUGAAAAGCAAAUAAAAGAGGAGUUUGCAAAACUUCACCAUUUUUUACACAGAGAGGAAAAGGACAGGUUAGCGUUUUUGAGGAAGGAGAAUGUGCUAAAGAAGAAUACGAUUACUGAAAGGGCAUGUAUUAUAAGUAAAAAAAUGCGAACUCUAAAUGAAACAAUCAAAGCAACAGCCAGGGAUAUAGAUUCUGAGGAUGUGACGUUUUUGACCAAGUACAAGGAUAUUGUGAAAAGGGUGGAAUGCGCCCCUCUGGUGGAUGAGCAGAUGAUAAGCACAGGAGCACUCAUAGAUGAAGCCAAACAUUUGAGCAAUCUGCGUCUAAACACCUGGAUGAAAAUGAAGGACAUGAUCACUUACAAUCCAGUAAUUUUGAACCCAAAUACAGCAGGGGCUCGACUGGUUGUGUCGGAUGAUUUGAGUACUGUAAGUGCUGGAAAACCAGUGCUAAAUCUUCCCCAAAAUCCAGAGAGGCUGAGCAACUAUUGUGUCUUAGGUUCAGAAGGACUUACAUGUGGGAUUCAUAGCUGGGAGCUAAAUGUUAAAAACAAUCAAAACUGGGCUUUGGGUGUAGCGACCCUUUCUUAUCAACAGGGCGAUGCUAGUCUAACUCAGAUAUGGAGAUUGGGCCACUGUGAGGGGACAUAUUCUGCAGAAACCAAGUCUGGGGAUUUUAUGUUUCUUUCCCUCAAAAAACAGCCACAGCGGAUCAAAGUUCAUCUAAAUAUUGACGGUGGAAAGUUGUCAUUUUUUGAUGCAGAGACACAUUUAUGUACAUUCACACAUGCAUUCACUGGGGAUAAACUCUAUCCUUAUAUGUUUACUGAAGAUGAGACGCCACUCGAGAUAUUACCAAAAAACAUUUACAUCAAAACUGAAUAUAAAUAAUGUUUUCAAAAUCUUCUGAAAUAUAUCAACCAUAUUCAAAUAUCUGCAUAUUUAUUUAAUUGCACUACAUUUAAGACUAUUACCCAUGGAUACAUUAGUGACCAUAACUAUCAUCCUAGGAGAAUGGCUAAAAUAAAUGUUGUGUAAUGAUAAUGAAAUACAAAUGCUAUUAACAGCCAUUUCUUCAUUAAACCUCACGCAAGAACCCUUGGAUGCUCCAGUAACAUUUUUGGAAUUUAGAUUUAUAUAUCUAUGUAAAUUUUGUCCAGUUGUUAAUUAAUCUGAUAUAAGUUAUACAUUG